CCCUCUCACAAAACCCCUUCUGCUUCUCCCUCUCUCCCAGCUCUGCCUCACCUCUGUUCUGCCCCUGCUUCAUUAGAUCAAAAGAAACAGAAGCAUUGGAUGGCACAGAUUGUGAGAGAGGAGAGGCAUUGAAAGAGUGAAAAGUAAAGGUUUGUUGUUCUUUCCUUUUAAGGAGAGAAAGAGAGAGAGAAGAAACAGGAAUACUUGAACUGGGGUUUUAUAGCAUUUAACCAAGUUUUCCUUGUAAUCAUAGCUCUGUUCCAAAUAUAUAUACAACCUUUAUUUCUACCACAUUGCUGAGAAUCCAAAAAUCCCAUACAAGAAACAAAUUUACUGUUUCUUUUUUGUACUCGUCUUGAUUGUUCUUUCUGCCAAUUUAGCGUAUCCCCUGUUUUUCCUCUGUUUUUCUCUGCUCUUUUGGGAUAGAGAGAGACAGAGAGAUGGCUGAAGUUUCGCCGAAAGUCAUGAUACCUGAAUCAUUUCAGUUUCAGGUAUCAAGUUCUGAUAUUGCAGGUCAGCUUACACUCAUCUGGGAGCUACUCAAAGCACCAUUGAUAGUUCCUUUGUUGACACUUGGGGUUUACAUUUGCUUAGCCAUGUCACUCAUGCUCUUCAUGGAGAGAGUUUACAUGGGUAUUGUCAUAAUCCUUGUUAAGCUCUUUUGGAAGAAACCAGACAAGCGUUACAAAUGGGAGCCCAUGCAAGAUGAUUUGGAAUCUGGCAAUCUUAACUUCCCUGUUGUUCUUGUUCAAAUCCCAAUGUUCAACGAAAGAGAGGUUUACAAGCUAUCCAUUGGUGCAGCCUCUAAUCUUUCCUGGCCAGCAGAUCGUCUUGUGAUCCAAGUCCUGGAUGAUUCAACUGACCCUGCCAUCAAGCAAAUGGUGGAGCUAGAGUGUCAAAGAUGGGCGAGCAAAGGCAUAAACAUAAGGUACCAAAUCAGGGAGAACAGAACAGGCUACAAAGCUGGUGCUUUAAAAGAAGGCCUAAAGAGAAGCUAUGUUAAACACUGCGAAUAUGUUUGCAUCUUUGAUGCUGAUUUCCAGCCUGAGCCUGACUACCUCCGGCGUGCCAUUCCUUUCUUGAUCCACAAUCCUGAAAUUGCCCUCGUUCAAGGUCGCUGGAGAUUUGUGAAUGCAGAUGAGUGCUUGUUGACAAGAAUGCAAGAAAUGUCUUUGGAUUAUCAUUUUACUGUGGAGCAAGAAGUUGGGUCAGCUACUCAUGCAUUCUUUGGCUUCAAUGGGACUGCUGGGGUAUGGAGAAUUGCGGCCAUUAAUGAGGCUGGUGGGUGGAAGGACAGAACUACAGUGGAGGACAUGGAUCUUGCAGUCCGAGCUAGUCUCAGGGGCUGGAAAUUUCUCUACCUUGGUGACCUCCAAGUAAAAAGUGAACUUCCAAGUACAUUCAAAGCUUUCCGGUUCCAGCAGCACAGGUGGUCCUGCGGUCCUGCUAAUCUGUUCAGGAAAAUGGUUAUGGAGAUUGUUAGAAAUAAGAAAGUUAGGUUCUGGAAAAAGGUCUAUGUGAUCUACAGCUUUUUCUUCGUUCGCAAGAUCAUAGCUCACAUGGUGACCUUCUCCUUCUACUGCGUUGUACUUCCAUUAACUAUUUUGGUCCCUGAAGUCAAGGUUCCGAUCUGGGGAGCUGUUUACAUUCCUUCUGUCAUUACCAUUCUAAAUUCAGUAGGAACUCCAAGGUCAAUUCACUUGUUGUUUUACUGGAUCCUUUUCGAAAACGUUAUGUCUUUGCACCGGACUAAGGCAACGUUCAUCGGUCUGCUUGAAGCAGGGCGAGCCAAUGAGUGGGUUGUCACUGAAAAACUAGGAAACACACUCCAGAAAGCAGCAGAGGCUAAGAAAUCAAACCCCAAAGCACCCAGAAAAUUCCGAUUCAAAUUUACGGACAGACUCAACACAUUGGAACUGGGAUUUUCAGCAUUCCUUUUCUUGUGUGGAUGCUAUGACUUUGUUAAUGGAAAGAACUGCUACUUCGUCUACCUUUGGCUCCAAACAGUCACCUUCUUCAUCACUGGAAUUGGAUACGUUGGUACCAUUAUUUAAUAGCUCUUAGCAGCAGCAGCAGCAGCCAGAGUGACGCACAAAAACAGCAAAACCCUCUUUGUGCAUGUCAUGCUGCCAUUUGUGUUUUUAUUUUUUCUCCUCUACAACACAAUAUAUAAUUAAUUGGGGGAUCUGUGAGCAACAUUUGAUUGCAAUUCCUGCCAUUUCAGCCCAUUCAAGGAAACAAAAAAGGUCAUUCAACAUGAUUGGCACAAAAGUCAUAGCCAAUGCCUUCAGAAGACUUAGUGUGAAUCAUUCUAGUGAAAGUAGAAAAAUACCAAAAAGAGAUGCUGUUAUUGUGGAAACACACCAUACAGAUUCAAGGAGAAAGAAGCGUCAGAGACAGCAUUAGGCAACAGGAUUGUUAUUUCAAUUAAAUAGAUUGCUUGUAAUUGUGAGAUUUUGUUCCUUUUCCCCAUUGUUCCUUCUGCUUAGUUUAAGAGAAUAAGUUGAAGCAAUGAAAUGGUGUAUUUGUUGUCAAAGUUAA